AUGGGGGAAUACAUCUCUCUCUCUCUACCUGGGUUUGACGUGGAUGGUUUCAUUAUGCAGGCUCCCAAGGUCCUUGUUCACCCUUAUGUAAGCUCAUUAAUAUUACUAAUUAAUACUGCUGGCAUAUUACGGGUGUUGUGGAGUUUGGUUUCGUCCUGGUUUAAGGGGAGACAACUUUUGAGUGAAGCAAUAGUGAAACGUGCCCUGAGGCAGCCGGUCCCUGGGUGGCAGGGUGUAUGGAAGGAUUUGGGCAGGUUCCUAGGGCGAUUAUCACCUCCUAUAGCCUGGGACUUCACACCCGAACAGGCAAGCAAUCCCAGCAAACUGACGCGCCACCUGAUAGAAGGGUGCCUUGCCUACCCCAACGAAAACCAACAGCUUCUAGCGCUGUAUUGGGGCCUGGCCUGUGCCUAUCGAGCCACAGUGCAGUACUCCCAGAGGACUGUGGUUGAGGAAGGCACCCAAACUGCAGCUGAGGACACCGUGGCUGAGAUAGGGACACAAACAAUGACAACUACAGUAAUUGCCCCAGUAGUAAAAAAGAAACAGUGGACCAGGAGGUCAACAGGUCCAUAUCAUCGACUAGUAAGGGAAGAGGAAGAAGAGGAGGAGAGGUUUGAGCAGGAAGCCGGUCCUUCAGCAAAGAAGUGGGAGGAAGGAGUGAGAGAAAUCAGACAAGAAGCAGAAACUACCCGGUCUCUGACCUCAUCCGAACUUCGAGAUAUGCGGAAAGAUUACAGCCGCCAGCCUGGUGAGCGAAUUGCUGCCUGGCUGCUUCGAUGCUGGGAUAAUGGGGCCGACAGUCAGCAACUGGAAGGCAGGGAAGCCCAACAGCUGGGAUCCCUCGCUAGAAACCGAGGAAUUGAGAGGGGAAUUGGAAAAGAGACAGCAAUUUGCAGUCUCUGGAGACGGCUGCUUUCAAGUGUGAGGGCAAGAUACCCAUUCAAGGAAGAUCUUGUCAACUUCCCAGGAAAGUGGACCACCGCAGAUGAAGGCAUCCAGUACCUGAGAGAACUAGCAGUGUUGGAAGUCAUCUAUAGUGAUCUAGAUGAUGAGGAGGUCUCCAAAGAUCCAGAGGAUGUCCUGUGCACACGGGCCAUGUGGAGGAAGGUGAUUCAAAGUGCCCCAGCAUCGUAUUCUAACAGCUUGGCAGCAAUGUAUUUCCCAGAUAGGGACACACCAACUGUGGAGAAGGUGUCUUCUUGGCUUCAGAACUUUGAAGAAAACCUCUGUACCUCCUCCUCCCUACGGGCCAGCACGUUGGCUGUCAGAGGUACCCCAAGAAAUCAGUCAUCUCCUGCUCCGGUCAGAGGGAAAGGGAGUCCCAGGUAUAUGUCACGUGGUACACUCUGGUUUUUCCUGCGUGACCAAGGGGAGGACAUGAGGAAGUGGGAUGGUGAACCCACCUUUAAGUUGGAAGCCCGUGUUCGUGAACUAAGAGGGAAGACAGCUGUUAAGAAGGGGACACCCAAGAAGGCCGUCAAUAGGGUCCCUGCCUUCGGCCAGGAGGAGGAAAGGGAUGACCGGGUAUACUGGACUGUGUGGAUUCGAUGGCCUGGCACAUCAGACCCACAGAAGUAUAAGGCUUUGGUAGACACUGGUGCACAGUGUACACUGAUACCAUCAGGGUAUAGGGGCACAGAACCCAUCCGGAUCUCUGGAGUGACAGGGGGAUGCCAAGAACUGUCCGUAUUGGAGGCUGAGGUGAGCUUAACAGGGGACAAGUGGGAGAAGCACCCCAUUGUGACUGGCCCAGAGGCCCCUUGUAUCCUUGGCAUAGAUUACCUCAGGAGAGGGUACUUCAAGGACCCAAAGGGGUACCGAUGGGCUUUUGGUGUAGCCACUGUGAAUGCAGAGAAGAUCAAACAGUUAUCUACACUGUCUGGUCUCUCAGAAGAUCCCUUUGUUGUGGGAUUGCUGCAAGUUGAAGAACAACAGGUGCCAAUUGCUACAAGGACAGUGCACCGGAGGCAAUACCGCACAAAUCGAGACUCCCUGGCUCCCAUCCAUGAGCUGAUUCAUCAACUGGAGAACCAGGGAGUCAUCAGCAAGACUCAUUCACCUUUUAAUAGUCCCAUAUGGCCAGUGCAAAAGUCUGAUGGAGGGUGGAGGUUAACAGUGGACUAUCGUGGCCUGAAUGAAGUGACACCACCACUGAGUGCUGCUGUACCAGACAUGUUAGAGCUCCAAUAUGAACUGGAGUCAAAAGCAGCCAAGUGGUAUGCUACAAUUGACAUCGCCAAUGCAUUCUUCUCAAUUCCUUUGGCAGCCGAAUGCAGGCCACAGUUUGCUUUCACUUGGAGAGGUGUCCAAUACACCUGGAAUCGAUUGCCCCAGGGGUGGAAGCAUAGUCCUACUAUUUGUCAUGGACUAAUCCAAACUGCACUGGAAAAGGGUGGUGCCCCAGAACAUCUACAAUACAUCGAUGACAUCAUUGUGUGGGGUAAUAAGGCAGAAGAAGUAUUCAAGAAGGGAGAAAGAAUAAUUCAGAUUCUUCUGAAAGCUGGUUUUGCCAUAAAGAAAAGUAAGGUCAAGGGACCUGCACAAGAAAUCCAGUUCUUGGGAAUAAAAUGGCAGGAUGGACGCCGUCAUGUGCCUAUGGAUGUGGUCAACAAGAUAGCAGCUAUGUCUCCACCAGCUAACAAGAAGGAGACACAAGCCUUCUUGGGCCUUGUGGGGUUCUGGAGAAUGCAUAUUCCAGGUUAUAGUCAGCUUGUGAGCCCUCUCUAUCGAGUAACCCGGAAAAAGAACUAUUUUGAAUGGGGCCUUGAGCAACAACAAGCCUUUGAGCAUAUCAAACAGGAAAUAGCUCGUGCUGUAGCUCUUGGGCCUGUCCGAACAGGACCAACUGUACAAAAUGUACUCUACACUGCAGCUGGGGAGCACGGCCUUACCUGGAGCCUCUGGCAAAAAACAGCAGGAGAAACCCGAGGUCGACCAUUAGGGUUUUGGAGCCGGGGGUAUCGAGGAUCAGAAGCCCACUACACCCCAACUGAAAAAGAGAUCCUAGCAGCCUAUGAAGGGAUUCGAGCUGCUUCAGAAGUUGUUGGUACAGAAGCAUCUCUCCUCUUGGCACCGCGAUUGCCUGUGCUACAUUGGAUGUUCAAAGGAAACAUGCCCUCUACACAUCAUGCAACCAGCGCUACGUGGAGUAAGUGGGUAGCACUAAUCACGCAGCGAGCUCGACUAGGGAAACCCAAUCACCCAGGAAUCCUGGAAGAGAUUAUGGACUGGCCAGAAGGUAGAGAUUUUGGAGCACUGCCUGAGGAGGUAGCUCGUGCCCAAGAGGCACCACCAUAUAAUGAGUUACCAGAAGAUGAAAGGCGUUAUGCUCUAUUUACUGAUGGAUCCUGUCGUGUUGUAGGAAACCAUCGGAAGUGGAAAGCUGCUGUAUGGAGUCCCACACGACAAGUCGUUGAGGCCACUGAAGGAGAAGGUGAGUCAAGUCAGUUCGCAGAAGUGAAAGCCAUUCAGCUAGCCCUAAAGAUUGCUGAACGAGAAAAGUGGCCAGUACUCUAUCUCUAUACUGACUCCUGGAUGGUGGCAAAUGCCCUAUGGGGGUGGCUACAGCAGUGGAAGAAGACCAGUUGGCAGCGCAGGGGUAAACCCAUCUGGGCUGCUGCAUUGUGGCAGGACAUUGCUGCCCGAGUAGAAAACAUGGCUGUGAAGGUACGUCAUGUAGAUGCUCACGUACCCAAAAGCUGUGCCACUGAAGAACAUCAAAACAAUGAACAGGUAGACAAGGCUGCCAAAAUUGAAGUAGCUCAAGUGGACCUGGACUGGGAGCGUAAGGGUGAGCUAUUUGUAGCUCGAUGGGCCCACGAAACAUCAGGACAUCUAGGGAGAGAUGCAACAUACAGAUGGGCUCGUGAUCGAGGGGUGGACCUGACCAUGGAGGCCAUCACACAAGUCACUCAUGAAUGUGAAAUAUGUGCUGCGAUCAAGCGAGCGACACGAGUAAAAUCUCCCUGGAAUAGAGGGCGGUGGCUGGGUUUUCGAUACGGUGAGGCCUGGCAGAUUGACUAUAUUGGGCCACUGCCACGAACACGCCAAGGCAAGCGCUACAUACUCACCAUGGUGGAAGCAACUACUGGUUGGCUAGAGACAUUUCCUGUAAACCAUGCCACUGCCCGAAACACCAUCCUAGGCCUUGAAAGACAAAUUUUAUGGCGACAUGGUACCCCAGAAAGGAUUGAAUCAGACAAUGGAACUCAUUUUCGAAAUAACGUCAUAAGCUCAUGGGCAAAGAAACAUGGUAUUGAGUGGGUGUAUCACAUCCCCUAUCACCCACAAGCCUCUGGAAAGAUCGAGAGAUAUAAUGGACUGUUAAAGACUAUGUUGAGGGCAUUAGGUAAUGGGGCAUGGAAGCACUGGGAUACAAAUUUAGCAGAAGCCACUUGGCUGAUUAAUACCAGAGGAUCUGCUAACCGUCCUGGUCCUGCCCAAACGAAACCCCUACAUACUGUGGGAGGAGACAAGGUCCCUGUAGUACACAUGGGAAAGUGGCUGGGGAAGGCGGUGUGGAUUGCUCCUCCCAUGGGAAAAGGCAAACCCAUUUCUGGGAUUGUCUUCGCUCAGGGACCUGGGUGUACUUGGUGGGUAAUGCGGAAGGAUGGGGAGACCCGGUGUGUGCCUCAAGGAGAUUUAACCUUGGGGUAAAAUAAUCUGUAAUGUGAGUUGUACGUUUUAGGAAGUAAUGUAGAAGGAAUGACCCAAACCAACGAAGAGCAAGUUUCACAAGGAGCCAGAUGAAUGCAACAACAGCCCGAAGCAAGCCGGUGUUGGUGCCCAACAACUGAACCUGAACAGCCAUCCUGACAGAUUGGGCCCAAGUCAUAGUCGGUUCAUGAACAUCUGGAGGAGCAGAGGAAGCUCAUGGAACGGGAGAGUAACAUCCAUCUAUUAAAGGACUGGAGAUUAUAAUUGUAUUGGGUCUAGCUGAGAUGGAGUUAAUUCUCCCCACAGCAGCCCUCAUGGUGCUGUGCUGUGUAUUGGUAGCUAGCAAACUGUUGAUAACACACCAGUGUUUUGGCUACUACUGAGUAGUGCCAGCACACAUCAAGGCUGUCUUUCCAACAUUUCUUUUUCCCCAGCAGCACGCUGGGGGUGGGCAAGAUCUUGGGAGGGGACACAGCUAGGACAGCUGACCCAAACUGACCAAAGAGAUAUUCCAUACCAUAUGACGUCUGCUCAGCAAUAAGAAACUGAGAAUAGGGGGAGGAACAGGGCGGGGGCAUUCGUUGUUUUUUUUUACAAUGUUUGUCUUCCGGAGUAAGGGGUACGCAUACUGAAGCCCUACUUCCCAGGAAGUGGCCGAACAUCGCCUGCUGAUGGGAAGUAGAGAAUAAUCUUUUGCUUUUUGCUUUGCUUCCGCGCGCGGCUUUUUUGCUUUAGCUACAUUAAACUGCCUUUAUCUC